AUGUCGGAGCACUAUUUAUACCUAGAGGAUCGAAUACGUGAAUCAAAUGAGAACAAAAAACAAAUAGAGAAAAAGUUUUCUUCAUCUUCCGACUUUUCCUUGAAAAGAUACUUGAAGAAGAAAUUUGGAAGAGUCUCUAAUGUGAAAAGUAAGAAGACCAUUUUCAUAGGAUCCCCAAACCAGACAGAAAAGCCAAAGGAAAGGAAAUGGCACACUUCAUAUAUGAGAAAAUUCAAUAAUUUAGAAGAUAUAUCAUCAAGGCCAGACCUUCCUCAGUCUUUUUUCAAGAUGUGUUUGAACUUUGACAGAAGAAGAUCUUGCAACAAAGCGGGGAGCCCUAUCGCCACUAAAUUAAUUAGACAUGAGUAUAUUCCAAGAAUUUCAAGUGAGAAUUCAAUUUUGGUUGUAAUACUCCUUAUUUUAAGUAUUGUUCUGCUUAAUGUAUUACUUUCCUUCAUGCAAGAACUACGCAAAACUAUUGCAAUUAUUAUGAGAUGGGGCUUCUUUAUUGAGUUGGUAAAACCCAAUACCCGACAAAACCCCCCCUUCCUAGAUAUGUACUCUAUUUUUUCCCCAUCAAAUAUUAUUAAGUGGGUAUUGGUAAAAUUAAUAUAG